AUGCUCGCCCUCCCUCAUCCGCACGCACUUUCGCGAUUGCACGCACGGCGAACGUCUGCCGCCGCAUUACAAUCCGCACAACACACUCGCUUUUGCCUCAAACAUUCCUCGGUGGACUCUGUCGUAUCGCUAUUCUCCUGUGUCGUUGUUACCGUGUCUGCACUGAAUGGGGUGUGCCUCAUUUUGAAUCGAGCCCUCACUCGUGCCAGUUUCAUUCAGUUCAUUGUGCGAAGCAUGCCGAUCACAAAGAUCCACGCUCGUCAGAUCUAUGACUCUCGUGGUAAUCCCACCGUUGAGGUCGACCUCUACACCGAGAAAGGGGUUUUUCGCGCGGCGGUUCCAUCGGGAGCCUCAACUGGGGUGCAUGAGGCGCUAGAACUUCGCGAUAAAGACAAGAGCGUUCAUCAUGGAAAAGGAGUUCUCAAGGCUGUUUCCAACAUAAACGACAAGAUUGCACCAGCCCUUAUUGCUAAGAACUUUUGCGUUACGCAGCAAAGGGAUAUCGACCAGUUCAUGUUAGCUCUAGAUGGCACGGAGAACAAGUCGAAUCUCGGUGCAAAUGCUAUUCUUGGAGUUUCCCUAGCUGUCGCAAAGGCUGGGGCUGUCCAUAAGGGUGUGCCUCUGUACAAGUACAUUGCUGAGCUAGCUGGUGUUAGCAAGGUUGUUCUUCCUGUACCUGCAUUCAAUGUUAUCAACGGAGGUUCUCAUGCUGGAAACAAGCUUGCCAUGCAGGAGUUCAUGAUUCUGCCAGUAGGAGCUUCGAGUUUCGCUGAAGCCAUGCGAAUGGGAUCUGAAGUCUACCACCACCUCAAGGCAGAAAUCAAGAAGAGAUAUGGUCUGGAUGCGACCGCUGUAGGAGAUGAAGGUGGAUUUGCACCAAAUAUUCAAGAUAAUAAGGAAGGACUCGAUCUCUUAAAAACUGCUAUCGAUCUCGCUGGGUAUACUGGGAAGAUUUCGAUUGGUAUGGAUGUCGCAGCAUCAGAAUUCUUCAAAGAAGGCAAAUAUGACUUGGACUUCAAGAACCCAAAAUCCGAUCCUAGCAAGUGGUUGACUGGAGACCAACUUGCUGAACUGUACCAUGAUUUCAUCAAGCAGUAUCCCGUUGUAUCUAUUGAAGACGCUUUUGACCAAGAUGAUUGGGAAAACUGGGGCAAGCUAAUGCAAAGUACCAAUAUCCAACUGGUCGGAGAUGACUUGACCGUCACAAAUCCUAAACGUAUUCGUCAAGCUAUAGAAAAAAAGAGUUGCAACUGUUUAUUGCUUAAAGUUAACCAGAUCGGCUCGGUUACCGAAUCAAUUGAAGCAGCGAAAUUGUCACGCUCAAAUGGAUGGGGUGUGAUGGUCUCUCAUCGAUCUGGCGAAACCGAAGAUACCUUCAUUGCUGAUCUUGUUGUUGGUCUUGCUACUGGUCAGAUCAAAACCGGUGCGCCUUGCCGCUCCGAACGUCUGGCGAAGUACAACCAACUACUCCGCAUUGAAGAAGAGCUAGGUAAAGAUGCAGUAUAUGCUGGAGAAAAUUUCCGCAAUCCUAAGGUUUGA